GCCCGUAAUGAAGAGAAAGCACAAUCUAUGCUUUACCGUUUUCGCGAGGCUCAAGCUGUCCAACUUGGUUUGGUAAAGCAAAAAGAACGCCGACCUUACCUGGCUUCAGACUGUAAUAGCCUAAAGGACGCGGAGAAAUGGCGUCAACAAAUCAUUAGAGAGAUCUCUCGAAAGGUUUCAAAGAUUCAAGACGCUGGCCUUUCGGAUUAUCAAAUUAGAGAUUUAAAUGACGAGAUAAACAAAUUAAUGAGAGAAAAAGGGCAUUGGGAAGAUCAAAUAAAGAAACUUGGUGGUCCGGAUUACAGAAGGAUUGGGCCUAAGAUGAUGGAUCAUGAAGGCAAAGAAGAUCAAUCAUACGAAUUUUCAUAUUUCCGUAGGUAUUUUGGACGCGCUAAGGAUCUACCCGGAGUAAGGGAGUUGUUUGAACAAGAUGCACCAACACCACAAAAGCGCACAAGAUUUGAUCUAUACAAAAAUGUAGACGCGGAUUAUUAUGGAUAUCGUGAUGAAGAAGAUGGAAUUUUACUCGAGUAUGAGGUCGAGAAAGAGCAUUCGCGCAAGUAUCUUAUUGAGGAAACAUUGAAACAACCAGAUAAAGCAUUGCCCAAAGAUGAGUCCAUACGGAAUAAAAGAGAGGGUGCAUCACGGGUGGAAAACGAAAGCGAAAUAAUAGACAUUAACAAUCUAUUGACAGGGAAGUAUGUUGCACAUGUGGCUGUGCCGUCUCAAAAAGAAGUAGAGGAAUACCUAGUGCGGAGGAGGAAACGUCAAAUCCUCGAUCGCUAUGUUGCUGACGAUGAGGAACAAAGUUGA